AUGCGGUGUCACAGUGUAACAGUUCCCCCAGUGCGUGCGCCUUUCCCAAGUAUAGCAGAGUUGUCCAAAAAAAAUUGCUCCACUUGGUGGAACAAUUGUCAGCAUGCACCUUACACAAGAGCUACAGCUUUUUCCCGAUUACAGGGUGACUCAAAUGCUUUUCAAAGAUGUAAGAAAUGCGGCAGAGUUGAGACAAUAUGCGGUGGAGGGAAAAAUAAAUGGCGCUUUGAUCAACCCAACAAUGGUGGUGAGUUCUUUUCAAGCAAUGGUAGCUGCCAACAAAGCUGUCCACUUAGAAACACUUGGAAAAAUGAAAACAAGAAGCUUAAACUCAGAGAUAAUCUUCAACCUGUCACCUACUAAUAAUAUUUCAGAGGCCUUUAAAAGAUUUGGGAUUUCAGAUGGCGAUAACUCUGUCCUAGUGGUUGUGGUACACAACAAAGACGAGCUGCAGUUUCUAUCAGACGUCACAGCCAGGGUAGAUGGACGGCAGGUUCCAGUGGAAGAAGUUUCCUCGUUGUCAGACGUUGCGAAGAUCAAAAAGCUGUACAAAGUCACUCCUCAGGAGGAGAAAUGUGGGAGUCUGCUAGAUGCAGUUGUAUGCAGAAUGGCCAUCAAGGAUAUCUUGUAGCUCCUGCAGUGCAUAUUUAUUGCUCAAAUUGAAAAUAUAUUGUAUUUUUGUCACAUACGAAUGGGUCGUGCUUCAUGUAAACUGAUUCAGUCUAUUUAAAUUUAUCAAGUA